AUGGAUGGGGACUUUGUUAUCGGAGGUGUUUUCUCUUUACAUUAUAAAUUUUACACACUGUUUAAUAACUACACCAUCAAGCCUGAACCUUUACGGUGUACAGGAAGCUUUAUUGCCCAGGAACUACAGUUUUCUCGCACAAUGAUCUUUGCCAUCGAGGAGAUCAACAACAGCACAGAGCUGCUACCGGGCAUCAAACUGGGAUAUCAGAUUUAUGACACAUGUGCCUCGGUUCCCGUGGCUAUGCAAGUGAUGCUACAGCUGACCAACGGUCAGGACAGUGUCUUUUACAAACGCAAAAAUUGUUCCCAAUCUGGUCUGAUGAUGGCUGUUAUUGGAGCCUCUGGAUCCACCCCAUCAAUCAGCAUGUCACGGAUCAUUGGGCCUUUCAACAUCCCUCAGAUCAGUCACUUUGCCACAUGUGCCUGCCUGUCAGAUAAGCAGCAGUUCCCAACGUUUUUCAGAACAAUUCCCAGUGACCAGUUCCAGGCUGAUGCACUGGCCAAGCUGGUGAAACACUUUGGCUGGACUUGGAUAGGAGCUGUCCGCUCAGACUCUGAUUAUGGAAAUAACGGCAUGGCGUCUUUUCUUGACGCAGCACAGAGAGAGGGAAUCUGUGUGGAGUACUCUGAAUCUUUCUUAUGGACAAACCCACGCAGCAAGAUCCAGAGAGUAGCUGAUGUCAUUCGCAGGUCAACAGCGAUGGUUGUUGUGGCAUUCACAGCCACUGGAGACAUGACCGUUUUAUUAGAAGAGUUGGUUAGGAAGCCUUCACCACCUCGUCAGUGGAUAGGAAGUGAAGGCUGGAUUAACGACCCUAACUUGAUGAGCUAUAGUUUCUGUGCAGGAGCGAUUGGAUGUGCAAUCCAGCAGUCUGUCAUCCCGAGUCUUAAAGAAUUCCUGCUGGAUCUCUCUCCCACUGAAGUAGCUGCCUCCUCGGUGCUUACUGAGUUCUGGGAGGAUUCUUUCAAUUGCACGCUUGCUAAAAGGGCAAAUCAGAACAGGAGAAAGUGUGAUGGAAAGGAGGAUAUUGAAACACUUAAAAACCCGUACACUGAUACAUCUCAGUUAAGAGCCACUAACAUGGUGUACAAGGCUGUUUAUGCAAUAGCUCAUGCUAUUCACAAUGCAGUGUGCCUGGAUACUAAUUUUACCACACAGUGUGACAAACAAAAUAGAUUGGAGUCCAAACAGGUUUUAAUGGAACUACAGAAAGUUAAUUUUUCCAGAAAUGGUUAUCCUGUAUCAUUUGAUGCUAAUGGAGAUCCUGUAGCUUUUUAUGAGCUGGUCAACUGGCAGAAGAGUGAGAGUGGAGUUAUUGAGCUGGUAACAGUAGGGUACUAUGAUGCAUCACUGCCUAAAGGCCAGGAGUUUUACAUUAAAAGGAACAUAACCUGGGUGGAUGGUGGCACACAAGUCCCAGUAUCAGUGUGCUCUGAGAGUUGUCCUCCAGGAACUCGUAAAGUGUUACAGAAAGGAAAACCCAUCUGCUGCUAUGAUUGUAUACCAUGUCCUGAAGGAGAGAUUAGUAACACGACAGAUUCUCCAGACUGUUCCCCGUGUCCCAGUGAAUUCUGGCCUAAUGCACAAAGAGACGCUUGUUUCCCCAAACCUGUGGAGUUUCUUUCCUAUGAUGAAGUCCUGGCAAUCAUCCUGGCUGCAUUCUCUGUUAGUGGGGCCUGUCUGGCCAUCAUAACAGCAGCUAUUUUCUUUCAUCACAGAACAACUCCAAUUGUCAGAGCCAACAACUCUGAGCUGAGCUUCCUGCUGCUCUUCUCUCUGACUCUGUGUUUCUUAUGUUCAUUAACUUUCAUCGGAGCUCCCUCUGAUUGGUCCUGCAUGCUGCGACACACAGCGUUUGGUAUCAUCUUUGUUCUCUGUAUCUCCUGUGUUCUUGGCAAAACUGUAGUGGUUUUAAUGGCCUUUAAAGCUACACUUCCAGGUAGUAAUGUCAUGAAAUGGUUUGGGCCUCCACAGCAAAGAAUGACUGUUGUGUUUUUUACAUUUGUUCAAGUAUUAAUCUGUACUGUGUGGCUGUUACUCAGCCCUCCAUUCCCAAUGAAGAAUCUGAGCACAUACAAGGAGAAGAUCAUCCUGGAAUGUGCAUUAGGUUCUGCUGUUGGGUUCUGGGCUGUGCUCGGGUACAUUGGCCUGCUGGCUGUUUUCUGCUUUGUGUUAGCUGUUCUAGCUCGGAAACUACCUGAUAAUUUUAAUGAAGCCAAGCUGAUAACCUUCAGCAUGCUGAUAUUCUGUGCAGUGUGGCUCACCUUCAUCCCAGCAUAUGUCAGCUCUCCUGGGAAAUUGACUGUAGCUGUGGAGAUAUUUGCUAUUCUGGCCUCCAGUUUUGGGCUGAUUCUGUGUAUAUUUGCUCCAAAGUGUUUUAUCAUCUUAUUUCAGCCUGAGAAGAACUCUAAGAAGUUUUUAAUGAACAAAAAUCUCAUGUAGAUUCUCAGAAGUUUGUAAUCAAUUUGCAAGGACAACCGUGACAUGGUGGCAACAAACAUGUACCCUUAACAAUAAAUAAGUGCACAAUUUUGCAUACCUUAUUGGAAAGUGUUACCAACACGAUAAAAUGAGUUUUCUUCAUUGCUUGCAGGGAAGGAUUGCCAUUUUCAACAAUCUUUGGAUUUUUGGGUCCAAAAGUUUAACAUAAGACUGCUGGGAAGUUCAUGAAAACAACAUUAUUGAUAAAGUAAAAUAUAUCAAUAUCGGAACUCUCUUUUUCAUGAUCAAAAAUUUAACAUUUACACUUUUGCUUGUGAAGUGAGACCUUUUGGAAAGUUUAAGAAUAACACAUACCAGGGAUGCUCACGAUCUGAUCACGUGAUCGGAAAUCUGAUCUGAAUUGGGUGUUAAAGAUCGGCUUUGACCUUAUGAAACAACAAACAUGACUUUUUUAAUGAGUCUUUUGUUUGAAAUUGAAUAACAAUGGUUUAAUUUUGUCCCAAGUUCCACUUCCUCACUAACAACAUGACAACAAUACCAUCCGGCAGACGUAACAUCACACAUUUUUAAGUGGACCGGGGAAAUCAGGUAGCAGUUAGCUAGCAGGUUAAUGCUAGUCUUAUUCCAGGAGAGCAAGAACUUCAGCGGUUUGGAAUCUUUUUAAACCGGAGAACGAAAGCUGUCCAACAGCCACUUGCAACGUGUGCAAACUGAAUGUUUCACAUGGUGGAAAAGACAGAGUUGCUUUUAACACCACGAACCUGAUCCGCCAUCUUAAGAACAAACAUCCAGCUCAAUAUUCAAAGUUCACCAACAACUCAGAUCAAAACAUGGAGCCAGCAGACACUGGUAGCUAUGCUGAAAAACAAAGAAAAACUUCCUAAGGAUAGCAUAAAGUCCAAAAAGAUCAGCCAAGAUAGCUGAAAUUAAAGCACUAGAUGACCAGCCGCUGUCUGUGGUUUCAAACGUAGGAUUUUUCCGUCUCCUGGAGCACGGUGCAAGUUACCUUCUCGACGGUACUUUACAGGCACGGCUCUGCGAAGGGCAGGCGCAGGGCAAUGAAGCAGCUUCUCUUCCCUGCGCCUCGCUCAACACGCGAGAUCACAAAAUCCCUCGAGACUUCCACAAACUUCCUUGCGAGCAGGGGCGGAUUUAGGACUGAAGAAG